UGUCAUUACACAUUUUGUAAACAAAUGAUUUAAAACCUAUAAUGGCGGACAUUUUCGAUUUUAAAACAUAACAUAAUCAUGUUAUACAGCGUGUUGUUGGUUAUUGUGGUAUUGAUACAAUGUCAUUGUUCAAAUGUUACACGCAAGAAUGGUUAUUGCAUCAUGUACGGAAACGUUCCAGGUGCAAAAUUUAACGUACCAUCCAACACACCGGCGCAACCAAUGACUGGUGAAGCAUACAACAUACUGAAAAAUACAUGUCCCCACUUGGCUAUCAAUGGACCAACUUCAACCACCAGCUGCUGUGACUUAGAACAAGUUAAGGUUUUACAGACCCAAAUUCAACUUUCCUUUAUCGUGCUUGGACAAUGUCCAGCUUGUUACACAAACUUCAUUAAUAUGUGGUGUGAGUUCACGUGCUCUCCUAAUCAAUCAAAGUUCCUGGGUUACACUUACGAUAAUAAAACUGAUCGGUAUGCAGAUUAUUAUGUCAGUGAAAGCUUAGCAAACGAUUUGUUCAACUCUUGCAAAGACGUGAUAUACUCUGGACUGAAUCAACCAGCGUUAAAUGUUUUAUGUGGAACGUCCGUAGAAAGUUGUACACCAAUGAAGUUAUUCACAGCCGUAGGUUCAACAAAAUAUGCACCAUUUGCAAUAAGCUUUCAUAUCGGCCAGAACGUAACUAAUAUCACAAACAAUGAUUUAAAAAUGUUUAAAUGUAACGCCCUUGUCCCAAACCCUAUUACAGGAUUAACUUCACCCAAGUGUUCCUGUCAGGAUUGUCCGACGAGUUGUGUGGUGCCUGUACCACAAGAACAUGUGGAGAAAGACAAUACCAUACUUGGAUUGAAAAAGAUAUAUUUCAUUGUUGGAUUAUGCACCUUGUUAUGGAUAGUGUUAUUUAUAACUAUUAGCAUUGUCUGUUGGAUCCUUUUAAAAAAAAGAACUGUGGUAGAAGCUCAAAGUGAAAUUUCUUUAAAAGAAUACCAAAACGAUUCUGCAGCAGAACCAAAAGACAGCUUCAAUACAUCUAAUAAUGAUCAUUGUAGUAGAGGAACAUUUUCAGAACUUGGUUAUAAAUUGGACAAAUUCAUGCAAGAGGCGUUUAGAAGUACAGGCACUUGCUGUGCAAUGUAUCCUCGGAUAGUGAUACUUUGUAGUUUUGUGGUGAUCUUGGUGUUUUCAUUGGGGCUUAUUAAACUGAAAGUUGUUACAAAUCCAGUUGACUUGUGGACAUCUAAAAACAGUCAGGCUCGUUUGGAAAAGGAAUACUUUGAUGCAACCUUUGAACCAUUUUAUCGUACUGAACAAGUCAUUAUUACUGGUAAUAACAAAAAAGUGGAAGAAAUGUACCAAACAACUUCUGGAACCGAAAGAGAAGUUGUAACAUUUUCGGGAUUGAUUCAAAAAAAUGUUUUGAAACGGAUAUUGCAUCUCCAGCAAACGUUGAUGAAUCUGGAAGCAUCAUAUAAUGGGGAAAAAGUGAGCUUAAACGAUAUAUGUUUACAACCGUUAUCACCAGACAAUACUGAAUGUGCUGUCUACAGUGUCUUGCAGUAUUGGCAACUCAACGAAACUAAAUUAGAUCAAUGCUUUACGAGAGACGGCACGGACUGCGGUAACAAGACAUUGGACUCAAAGGAAGACUGGCACGACCAUUUCAUUGGUUGCACAAGAGCACCAACAGAAAUGAAAAAUGGAAAUUACCGUUACCAGCCUUGUAUGAGUUCCUUUGGUGCACCAGUAACACCAGAACUUGUUCUUGGUGGAUUAAGUAACGCAAAAUAUUCUCAAGCUCAAGCUAUUAUCAUGACGUUCGUGGUUAAGAGCAGCAACGAUGAAGAACAAAACAAGAAGGCUGAAGCUUGGGAGGGAGUGUUCUUGGAUUAUUUAAAAAGCUGGAAAGAGAAUGAAGCGUGGAAGCAGGAUUUAAAUAUUGAGUAUUCCAGCGAGAGGUCGAUUCUAGAUGAAAUAACUAGAGCCAGCGAGUCUGAUGUAGGAACUAUUGUUAUCAGCUACGUACUUAUGUUUUUGUACAUCGCGUUUGGUUUAGGCCAAUACAAAUCGGUAUCUCGGCUUAUGAUAGAUGCUCAGAUAACAGUGGGUGUGUGUGGUGUUAUUAUGGUGCUGUUAUCCGUAAUUUCAGCUAUUGGCGUAUUCUCGUAUGCAAACGUCGAAGUUACUCUAAUUAUAAUUGAAGUUAUCCCGUUCCUUGUACUAGCUGUUGGUGUUGAUAAUUUGUUUAUUUUCAUGGAAGUGCUGCAGAAUGACACAGCUUUACCUAACGAGAGUAUACCUGAACAUAUUGGAAGAGUUUUAGGUCUCGUUGGACCAGGGAUGUUGUUGUCGUCUUUUUCACAAGUGGUUGCGUUUGCAUUUGGAUCAAUAGCUGAUAUGCCUGCAGUUAGCACAUUCUCAAAGUUUGCAUCUUUGUCUGUUGCUUUCAAUUUCAUUUUGCAAGUCACAACACUCAUGGCGGUUGUUUCGUUGGAUUCACAAAGACGAGCAGGUAAUCGCCUUGACGUACUAUGUUGCAUUGUAAAACAAGAAGAUGAUGCCAGCACUGAACAAUGUCUUCUUGGUGGUGAAUAUUUAAAAAGGUUCAUCAAAGUAGUUUAUGCGCCGUGGCUCAUGCUGUAUCCAGUUCGUAUAUUUGUUGUCGUAUUAUUCUCUAUUUGGUUAGCUGCUAGCAUUUGCUGUAUCCCAAGUAUUGAGAUUGGACUUGAUCAAACUCUACCAUUACCAAAAGAUUCAUAUCUUGUUGGCUAUUUCGAUCAUUUAAGCAAAUACUUAAAGACAGGAGCGCCUGUUUAUUUUAUUGUCAAAGACGGUUACGAUUAUACGAACACAGAGAAACAAAACCUGUUAUGUGGAACAAAAGGUUGCAAAGAUAAUUCAUUGACUGGUCAGAUAUUUUUGAACUCCAAAAAUAGCGAAACAUCCAAAAUUGCAUUGCCAGCUUCUUCAUGGAUCGAUGAUUACUUUUCCUGGAUUUCACCAAAUGGUCAAUGUUGUCGGAUUCUAAACUACACAACUAAUGUCACCAAUAAUGCUCAAUUUGUCUCAACUAAUUUGACAUUUUGUCCCUCAACAUCUUCUAGUCAACAUGCUUGUUAUUCAUGCUUGCGUAAAGGCAAUGUCGACAUUCGUCCAACAAAAACUGAAUUUGAAACUUAUUUGCCAUGGUUUUUGAAAGACAAUCCAUCAGACAAUUGUGCCAAGGGGGGCAAGGCUUCUUAUGAGCAUGCAGUUGAAUUAACAAAUCAAAACGUUUAUAAUACGUCACGCGUGAAAGCGUCCUAUUUUCUAUCAUAUCACACAGUAUUAACUACGUCACAAGAUUUCAUAGAUGCACUAAAGCAGGCCAAGGAAAUUGCCUUAAACAUAUCAAAUACUAUCGAACACAAAGUAAUUGCGUAUAGUGUCUUUUACGUCUUUUAUGAGCAGUAUUUGCACAUUGUCGAAAACACCUGGAAGAAUCUUCUCACAACUCUGUCUGCCAUAUUUGUUGUCACACUUCUCCUUAUGGGGUUUAACAUUGUCAUUGCAAUUUGUGUAUGUUUGACUAUAGCUCUUAUAGUGGUAGAUCUAAUGGGGAUGAUGUAUUUCUGGAACAUUCCCUUAAAUGCAGUUUCACUGGUAAACUUAGUAAUGGCAACUGGCAUAUCAGUGGAGUUUUGCUCUCAUAUCGCUAGAGCAUACACCACAAACAACGGAAUGACAAGAGUACAGAAAGCACAAGCUGCUGUUGCUGAAGUGGGUAGUUCCGUUUUAACUGGUAUCACAUUCUCCAACAUCGUUGGCGUGUUCAUCCUGGCGUUUGCUAAAACAAAGCUAUUUGAGGUGUUUUAUUUCCGUAUGUACAUUGGUAUGACCAUAAUUGGUGCUCUUCAUGGCUUGGUAUUUCUGCCAGUUUUGCUUAGUUAUGUCGGAACUGGAACACGAAGUAACUUACAUGACAAAUGAUAGAAUGAAUUUAAACUAAUUUUAUUUUUCAUUGUUAGAUGUAAAAGGAAGGGUACACAUA